UUAUCUCUCUCUCUCUACCAUUUGAUCUUCUUUCCUCCUCUGAAUUUUUUUAAGACAAUAGAGAUUUUUUCUGGGUUCGUUCUCAUUGUUUGACCCUCCUCUUCUUCUCCACGGGAAAUUUCAAAGGGACAAUUUUUUUUUGAUUUUUUUUUCUUUUUCCUUUUGGUGACUUCUCCGAUCGGGUCUUUAUUCGUUUUCAUCGCCUGUUUUGGCGCAAACCCUUGUAUCAAUUCUGGAUUCAGGUGACAAAAUUGGGAUCUGAAGAGAGAAGACGAUGAUGACGAGCAUGGAAGGAAUGGUGGAUAAAGGAGUGCUGGAUGAUAUUAUAAGGAGAUUGUUGGAAGGUAAAGGAGGGAAACAGGUUCAGCUUUCCGAGAGCGAGAUUCGUCAACUCUGCUUUAACGCUCGUCAAAUCUUCCUCUCUCAACCCAAUCUCGUCGAGCUCCAUGCCCCAAUUCGUAUCUGCGGUGAUAUCCAUGGCCAAUAUCAAGAUCUUUUGAGGUUAUUCGAAUACGGAGGCUAUCCUCCGUCAGCAAACUUUCUCUUCCUCGGCGAUUACGUUGAUAGAGGCAAGCAAAGUCUCGAGACCAUAUGUUUGCUUCUUGCUUACAAGAUUCGUUACCCAUCGAAGAUUUACCUCUUGAGAGGUAACCACGAGGACGCUAAGAUCAACAGGAUUUACGGAUUCUACGACGAGUGCAAACGGAGAUUCAAUGUACGCCUUUGGAAGGUAUUUACUGAUUGCUUCAACUGUUUGCCCGUAGCUGCACUCAUUGACGACAAGAUCUUAUGCAUGCACGGUGGGUUAUCACCAGAAUUGGACAACUUAAACCAGAUUCGAGAGAUUCAGAGGCCUACAGAGAUUCCAGACAGCGGUCUUCUUUGUGAUUUACUUUGGUCGGAUCCUGAUCAGAAGAUUGAAGGGUGGGCUGAUAGUGAUCGAGGUAUCUCUUGCACUUUUGGAGCCGAUAAAGUCGCUGAGUUCUUGGAUAAGAAUGAUCUUGACCUCAUUUGCCGAGGCCAUCAGGUAGUGGAAGAUGGGUACGAGUUUUUCGCAAAACGGAGAUUAGUGACGAUAUUCUCAGCUCCAAACUAUGGUGGGGAGUUUGACAAUGCUGGUGCAUUAUUGAGCGUGGACGAGUCUCUUGUUUGCUCUUUCGAGAUUAUGAAACCUGCCCCAGCUUCUAGCAGCAGUCAGCCUCUCAAGAAGGUACCGAAAAUGGGGAAGUCUUGAAACUCGAGUCUUCUCUCUCAAGAAUACGGUUCCACAUCUCAAGCUAGUCUCAAGAUUUAGACUUUCAUUAUAACUGUGUCUGUGUCAUCAGUUAUGGGUUGAAAUGCAAUGUAAGAACCCAAAGGGUCCUUGGUCAUAAAAAAAAACUUCUGUAAAAAAAAAGUUGAGAAAUCAAAAACACGUUUCGUUUUAUGUGUAUAGAUGCAGAAUGAUCUUUCUUCUGAAUCUGGAGAUUUUGAUCUCCUUUUCUUUCU